ACCACCUGCUCCGCAGGCGGGAAACGGGAAAUCGCGAGUUUUUCAUCGCAACCAGCGUUGAAAGACUCGCUAAGAUGCGAAAAACUUGGGUUGGUUAAAUCUGCAGCAAAAUCUAAGCUGUCGGCGUUCACAACUGUUAAAUUUAAACUUUGUAAUGUUAACGGCAUACUUUCCAAGUCCGCUUCCGUAAAACAGUUUUGUAGCGGUUCUGACAUAGUUGGAUUUACUGAAACUUGGGAUAGAUCUGAAUACCCAGAUUCGUUAUUCGCUGAUUUGAGAAGCUUCAACGUUUUUAGGCGACCCAGAAGUACUGAUCCCCAUGGUGGUGUGUGUUUUGUCGUUCGAAAUAAUUUAGAUGCUGUAAGACGGACUGACCUGGAAAAUAACGAUCUUGAGUUGCUUUUUAUUGAAAUAACGAAAAUAAAUAUUUUAGCUGCGGCAUUUUAUUCGGCGCCUUCUCGUGUGUCUCUAGAUCUUCCAGUUUUGAUCGAACAUCUGAGGAAUAUCCCACAUGCCAAUUUUUCUAAACUGCUACUUGUUGGUGACUUUAAUCUCCCCGAUGUCGAUUGGACUAAAAAGUGUGCUAGUAGUAAACAAAGUCGGGAAUUUUUGAGGUGUUUGAAGGAAUUUAAUCUAAAGCAAAUAAUUGAUUGCCCUACGCGUAAAAACAAUAUUCUUGACCUUUGCAUUAUUCCUUCCGUUUGGUCAGCAAGUGUCCCUGAAAGUAUUUCCCCCCCGUCAACAACAAACGAUCACAAUGGUGUUUUCAUAGAAUUUCCUAGGCAGAAACGAAAAGAAACUAAAGUACUGAAAAAGCGUUGGGUAAUUACGGAUGAAGCUAGUUUACAGUUUCGUAACAGUUUGUACGAAAUUGAUUGGAAUGCACUGCUACAAAACCGAGGUCCGGAUGAGCAAGCUGUUUUGAUUGAAAACGCGGUUCUUGAAGCAGCUAAGCUAUUCUUUCAGCUAAAAGAGGUCAGGUGCAGGAUGGCUGAAUUCGAGUAUCCUGAAAACUUGCGUAAUGUGAUACGAAGCCGGAACGCUGCAUUUGACCGUUUUAAGCGUGAAAUGAACAUUUUGCGAAAGGAAAGAUUGAGACAGGAAUGGUUGAAAAAGUCUCGGUUAGCAGAGAGGCAGGUUAAUGCUUAUUACCGUAUGCAAACAAUAAAGGUCGCGGCUGUAUCUCGGCACGACAGCAAAAAAUUCUGGCGCUUCGUGAAAUCUGCUGUAGAUCGCCCAAAUAUGCCUUUACUGAAACGACCGAACGGUGUUUAUGCUGCGGACGAUUUAGAAAAGGCUGAAUGUUUAAACGAACAAUACGCCAGUGUGUUUGGCCAAUGUCCAGUGCAUUGUAUGUCUGCUGCCUGUGUCACUGAAAAUGUAACAGAAGCAAGCUUAUUUGCUAGUGAUAGCGACAUUUGGGACGUCCUGCGAGCAAUUAACUGCAAUAAAUCUAGCGGACCGUAUGAUCUCUCUUCGAACCUUCUUAAAGCUUGUGGCGCAUCACUGAUCCAUCCCCUGGAAAUUUUGUUCAAUAAUUGUUUGAAAAAAUGCAUGUUUCCCAAGUUAUGGAAAACCUUUUUCGUAACUCCUGUCGUCAAGCAAGCUGCUGAUCAGACCAACCCUGCAAACUGGCGCCCAGUGCGACGCGUCAUCAACUGA